AUGAGGCUACUUGUUUCCAAACUAAAAGUUUUGCACAUAACUGCCGAAGGCUCCCCGGAUAAUCUAGUAAAAACUAUAUGCUGUGAACCAGUCACCGAAGAGUGCUUACAAAGGCUUUGUGAGCAAUGCCAUCAUAAAGAAUUGAUGGUGGAUGUAUAUGACGAGGAUGAAAAUUCCUCUCUUGAAAAAUGGAUUACUCAGAGAGAGGUUCAAGGUCUGCUCCGGGAAAAAUACCGCUACGUGGUGCACACGUGCGAAAUAAUUUCAUUUAUGAACCGGUCCAAUUUUCUCGAGCACUUUGUACUACAUUGCCAUUAUGGGGUGGGAGCUUCCUACAGAACUUCCCGAAGUUUCCCAACAUUUGCUUCUGUAAAGGAAGUUUCCAAACUAUUUAUUCGACUCAAAGCAGGAAAAAGAGAAAUGUUGGAUUACCUCUUUCUUACAAAAGGAAAUUUUGUUUAUCACUUGCUAAACAGGAUCCCAUUCAGCGAGCCCUCCAAAAAUCCAGUGGCAUUCAUUACUUUCUUGGAUAACGGCAACUUGAUCAAGUCGACCCAAUUGGGUCAAGAGUUAUGGACCUCCAAGCUGUUUUUUUACAACAGAUAG